CUCCUCUGUCUCUUCUCUCUUUCUGUCUUUCUCAUUUCUCAUUCUCUCGCCCAACCGGUACCUCCCUCAUACUUUUCAUCCAAUCCAACCUCAUCCCUCCCACUCCGUUUCCCCGUUGAGGUGUUCCUGUCUUUUUGGAUCUCCCCCCCGCCGCCUUUCUCCCUCCCCCUUCGUACUCGGUCAAUCCCGUCUCAUCCUUAUCGACGUCAGGUCAAUGAACGAUGCGGGGAUCUGAGGCAUCGGGGCCUGGUGCUCUGAUGGGCGCUCCGUCAACCCUCACCACCUCCGUCCGAUCGACUAUCUCCUCCAUUCAUCCGACAGCCGAUCCCGAAGUGGUCGCGUCCAAUAUUCAAAAUGUCCUGCUCUCCGUGUCCUCGAACUCGAAUGGCGGUCCCGUCGCCGUCGGUAGCACCCCAUCCGGGUCCACCGGGAAGGGUAUCUUGAUCGGCGUCCUAUCCGCCUUUGGAUCCGCCCUCGUCGCGGUAUUGGUGCUGGCCAUCUUCUUCUUUUUCAAAUACACACAGCGCGGCCGCAUCUUCCUCGACAGUAUCGGCCGCCCCGGUGAAUAUGAUGAUGAGCAGGCGUUUGCGCGCGAGGAGGAGGAGGCUCUGGAAGCCAUGGACGAUCUGUCGCGGUCGGAGUAUUUGAGGGCGAAAGCCUUUACCGAAGCCAAUCCCCCCGAGUCGGUGCAGACCGACAUCUCGCUUUCGCAGUUCCUUGCGAUCCAAGAAAAAGGCGUGUCCGCCUGGGAAUUCCAACCGGAGUUGGAGAUCGCCAAUUGUUUCGUCGAAGCCCGCACCGAAGUCGAAUUCUUCGACUCGGAGUGUAGCGUCCAGACCAACCUUCCGGUUCCGAAGCAGAAUGAUGUCUACUACUGGGAGGCGAAGAUCUUUGAUAAGCCGGACAACACCCUUAUCAGUAUCGGCAUGUCCACCAAACCGUACCCUUUGUUUAGAUUACCAGGCUUCCACAAAUCCUCCGUGGCAUAUCAAUCGACAGGACACCGUCGCUACAACCAACCCUUCACCCCAACCCCGUAUGGCCCUCAGCUGCUUCAAGGUGAUGUGGUCGGCGUGGGAUACCGCCCCCGUUCGGGAACCAUCUUCUUCACUCGCAACGGGAAGAAGCUGGAGGAGGUGGUCCACGGUCAGAAAGCGCAGAACUACUUCCCUACCAUCGGGGCGAAUGGGCCCUGCGCGGUCCAUGUGAACUUCGGUCAGAUGGGAUUUGUGUUCAUCGAAGGGAACGUGAAAAAGUGGGGCCUCGCACCGAUGACAGGAAGCCUGGCUCCUCCGCCACCGUAUGGCAGUGAACAGGGCAGCAUUCUGCUUGAGUCUGGUCGAGAAAGCGCCGCGCAAAUCUCCCAGCGAGUAUAUCAGAACGCCAACUACGCGCGCACCAAUUCGACCGUCCGGAUACCCCCGUCGCACAGUCCCGGUCCCGUGCGUUCUCCCACCGACAUCUCCCUUACACAACUGGCCCAUGUCCCCUCCAAUGAGGAUGUUGGCGAAGGCUCGAGCCGUACUGGCGAAGACGAAGACCACCAGCACCCACCACUGGACCCAGACGAUAUCGACCAAAUCCCACCACCCGAGUAUUCAAGCCCCGACGGCAGUCUGCGGGGCAGCCAUGACGAGGAGCAUCCGCCAAUACCCAGCUAUGAUGCGGCGGUUGGCAAUCACCACGGCCAUCACCACGGCCAUCACCCGCAGCCAGACGACGACCAUCCCAAUAACUGAUUUCAUCUCUCUUUUCCUCUCGCUUUCAUUUCAUUUCCUUUCGGUGUAAUUGGCGGGUUCCUGCAAUGCGUAUACGACAUUUCAGGCCAAUUCAAUCUCCAGGCGUUAUCAUUUCCCCCGGUUAUCGAUUUUAGCGGCCACGGUUUCUGGCGUUUUUCAUGGGAAGGUCGGGUGGGUGUCCUGCGGUGGGAUCGAUCAUGCGGGACAGUGCUACCCGGAUUGUGGCAAUACGGGUUUCCCCUUUUCUAACGUAUAUAUGGAGUGGUACUUUCAUGUCUUGCUUUGCUUUGCUUGGUGGGUGUUACGACUUGUUCGGGAUGGGGUAUUGCUAGGCUGUCUCAGGGUUCAAAGGGACAGACACGACAGGAAGUUAGUGUGUGGAGGUGCAAUUCAACGUAAUUCCCCGCUGGCUGUCACGAUUCGUUCCUUUCGUACCUUAGUACUUGUGCUCGUUUCUCGUCCCUUUUCGUAGAAGAUUGGCUAGUCAUAGCACCUAUCCUGGCUAUUUGUGUGCUUUAACACACGUGUCUCCACGCAUGAUAAUGCAGAAACAGCCUCUGUAUCAAAAUAGCCAUACAUCUCAAGCCAUGGAAUAUGUGGCUAGACCGUUUCUCACACAAUCCCGAUCCAAACCUAAAUACAUACUAAAUCAACGACUCAAGCUCCAACAACCUCGCAAACUCCCCAUCCGCCUUCUCCAGUAACUCCCGCGGAUGCCCC